AUGGGUGUUAAAGACGUUUUAAAAAGAAAAUCAGGAGUGAUCUAUGGUGAUGAUGUGCGUCAAUUGUACUUGUAUGCUCAGAAGAAAGGAUUUGCAAUUCCUGCAAUCAAUGUUACAUCUUCUUCGACAGUCAUUGCUGCUUUAGAAUCUGCCAGAGAUAAUAAUGCUCCAAUUAUUUUGCAGACCUCUCAAGGUGGAGCUGCCUACUUUGCCGGUAAGGGAGUUGAUAAUAAAAACCAGGAAGCUUCAAUUGCGGGCGCUGUUGCAGCUGCUCACUUCAUCAGGUCAAUUGCUCCAACUUAUGGCAUUCCAGUUGUUUUGCACUCUGAUCAUUGUGCUAAGAAGUUAUUACCAUGGUUUGAUGGUAUGUUGGAUGCCGAUGAAGCACACUUUAAGAAGUUUGGCGAACCAUUGUAUUCUUCCCACAUGUUAGAUUUGUCUGAGGAAACAGAUGAAGAAAACAUCUCCACUUGUGAGAAAUAUUUCAAGAGAAUGAAUAAGAUGGGACAAUGGUUAGAGAUGGAAAUUGGUAUCACUGGUGGUGAAGAAGAUGGUGUCAACAACGAACAUGUCCAAAAAGAGUCUUUAUACACGUUACCAGAAACUGUGUACAAGGUCUUCGCAGCAUUGUCUCCAAUAAGUCCCGACUUUUCAAUUGCAGCAGCUUUUGGUAAUGUUCACGGUGUUUAUAAGCCAGGUAAUGUUCAGUUAAGACCAGAAAUCUUAGGUGAGCACCAAGAAUAUGCACAAAAGAAAUCAGGUUCCAAGAACCCCAAGCCUAUUUUCUUGGUUUUCCAUGGUGGUUCGGGUUCGUCUCAAGCUGACUUCGACACUGCUAUUUCUCACGGUGUUGUUAAAGUUAACUUAGAUACUGACUGUCAAUAUGCCUACUUGACCGGGGUCAGGGACUACGUCUUGAAGAAGAAAGACUAUUUGAUGGCCCCAGUUGGUAACCCAGAGGGUGAAGAUAAGCCGAACAAAAAGUAUUUUGAUCCAAGAGUCUGGGUCAGAGAAGGUGAAAAGACCAUGUCCGCAAGAGUUACAGAAGGCUUGGAAAUCUUUCACACUAAGGGUCAAAUUUAA